AUGGCUCAAACGGCAGGUCAAAUACUAGGUCAAGUCGUUCCGGUCUGCCAAUGGUUUCCGCACAAUUCACCUAAUCCAACUUCAACAACAACAACAAUACCUGCUUACCCACGGUUUCCAGACAACGUGAGGGAGUGGAUCGGAUUCUUUCGAAAUGUCAGACGUGCGGAUACGCAAUAUCCCCUUCCAGAAGGACAAUUCCCCAUUGGAUACACAAGUGUAGGACCUCUUAGGGUCGAAGACGAUGCAAAAGCUCGUUUACUCCAAAAUGUUUUAACGCCUGUCGAAAUGUUAUUACCACAAGCACUAUUUGGUGCAACACCUGCCGGAUUUUUAGGUGCUUCUGAUUAUGUUUUAUGCACUAAUAAUUACACUGAGGACAAGAUGCCGGUGGAAAUGAAAACGCGCCACAAUCUCUAUUUAUGCGGUUAUAAUUUUUGGCAAAUUUAUCGAUAUAAUGACCGGCGUGGAAUAAUGAACCCAAUAUUUAGAGACCGAAGAUUUGAUCCAAAUUUUAAAUUCAAGAAACGCAUCCUAUCACAGAUACUUGGUCAAAUGGCCUGUAAUGGCCUCCAUUAUGGCAUUUUAUCAAGUUAUAGCGAUACAUAUUUUCUCAAGCGAGAAGAAACAAAUCCAACCACCCUUUAUAUUUCUCGUGUUGUUCAACCCACUGAUACUAAUCCGACUUUACGCGAAUGCUUUUACUAUAUCAGCCAACUUGCCAUUGAUGAUAUUGCUGGUAAUAGAUUGGGACGUGUAGAGCUUGACAGGAAGAGGAAGAGAACAUCAAAGAGCAGUAGUAGGCCAAUUGCGAGUUCAUCCAAGGGAAUUACUACUGUAGAUAAGUACAUAGGUGGCGGAUCCUUUGGAAAAGUUUUUUCUGGAUAUUAUGAUAAUCAAGAUGUAGCAUGGAAGACUUGUGAUGCAUAUAAGAAACAAGAGGAGAUGAAAACGCUAAAGCAUGAAGCUCAUAUAUAUUCUAUUUUGAAAGAAUGUCAAG